AUGUCCAGACCAGAAGACGCCGCUAGGGCACUCCCUGACUAUGUCCUAGACCCUAAUGCCGUUCUUAAAGAUGAUAUCAAAUGGAGGUACGGGCGAGCCCCAGAUUACUCGAAAACACGCAAAGCAUACGAGGCAGGGAAGAAAAUGAAUCACGAAGCUGGCAGUCUCCCCAAUUUAGUCGAAAAUCUUGUGAAGAACUGGGAAAUUGAAGCAUCUUUUAAACCGGAUUUUGCUGAUUGGCGAACGGUUGACCAAAAAUCUUACGUUUUCUCAGUGAAUGGUGGACCAAAGCAACCUCCAAGUCAUAUGCUUGCGGUUGGCACGUAUAACGCUAUUAUAUCGCCAAACGCAUAUUAUGAUCCUAAGCAAUCGGACUUUGCAAAGAGCCACAAAACCUUCAAAAGGAUGAUGCCGACAUUUGCGUGGGAAGUGUUAGAGGUGUAUAGCGGACCACCAGUCGUGGUAUUCAAAUGGAGGCAUUGGGGACGGAUGGCCCAUGAUUAUUCUGCGGAAAACGAAAAAGGGGAUACAGUAACUGUUCGAGCACAUAACGGCGUCAUCGAUAUUGAGGGAUUGGUUGUUGCGAGAGUGAAUGACAAGCUCCAGAUUCAAUCAAUUGAGGUAUGGCAAGACCCCAUGGAAAUGUUCCGGCAGAUCGACAAAAAUGGAGAAAUGGUAAUUACUCCGCGGAGUGGUACGGGGAUAAACAAUGAAGGAUUUAAUCGCGAAGCGAGUACACCGAAAUGCCCAAUGGCUGGAUACAGAUAG